AUGACUUUAGCAGGCCCCACAGCCAAUUCUGUGUUUGUGAUGGCAACUCACAACAGGUAUACUGUGAUCCUGGGAAGCAUGUCUCAGAUUCCUGUGACUCCACUUAACCAACCCCAAGUCCAACAAAUUCCUGGGAACUCACCUGGUUUGGAGACACGGCCGUCUCUGCAACCUGGCAGGAGAUCCUUAAAAGAGGGAAAAGUUUUGGGGGCCAUCCAGAUCCUGAGUGGCCUGAUACAUAUUAGCCUGGGCAUCAUCAUGGGGACCAUCAUGCGUGGGCCCUACACCGCUUUCUCAUUCUACGGAGGCUAUCCCUUCUGGGGAGGCAUCAUGUUCAUCAUUACAGGAUCACUCUCAGUGGAAUCAGAGAAGCUACCAAGAUUUCCUUGCCUGCUGAAAAUUAGCCUGGGCUUGAAUAUUGCCAGUGCAAUCUGUUCUAUGGUUGGAAUCCUGCUCCUCAUCACAGAUAUGGUUAUCAGCUCCCUAAAUAAGUACAAGGACCCCUACCAUUACAGUGUGGCCUUUGGAGUAUCUACUUCUGCUGUGAUGUUCAUCUUUAGCCUCCUGGAAUGCUGCAUUGCCUGUGUGUCUGCCCACUUUGGCUGCAAACUCAUCUGUUAUUCACGUAACAAAGGCACUGUGGUCUUUCAAACAGUCUAUGUGACACACCCAGUGGCCGAUCCUGAACCAGUGACAUACCCAGUGGCCGAUCUUGAACCAGUGGUCGAUCUUGAACCAGUGAACUCUUCACCAUCUUAUUCCAGUGAAGACUAG